CUACGUGUCUACAAAAUAGAAUUCGUACAAAAUGAAAUUAGAAAGCAACAUGAAAAAAGGCAAAGAUGACCUCCCCCUACAGCAAGUUCCCAUUGACAAGUUGGACAUUAAUAUGGAGGUUGACUUGGAGAGAGCUUUAGAACUUUGUGGCGUCGGAAGAUAUCAGAUUUUUCACUGUGCUUUGAUGGUGAUCAUACUUGGUGCGGCCAUGCUAGAGAUGAUUGGCUCCUCCUUUAUCUUACCAGCCGCUGCCUGCAAUUUGGAUAUACCUGAUCAUUUGCGAGGAAUUAUUACGUCCAUCCCUAAUAUAGGAGUGAUACUGACGGCGCCGUUCUGGGGUCGUGCGGCAGACACCUUCGGCAGGAAGCCAGUUCUACUGUUCUCCACCGCCGUGGCUGGAGUCAUCGCGCUGCUGGCUUCCUUCAUGCCCAACCUGCUGAGCUUUGCGUUGUGCAAGUUUGCUGGUUCCCUGUUUCUUUCCUGCCCUUCGUCCCUGGGCUUCGCGUACGCGGGAGAGCUGAUGCCGAGGGCGAAGAGAGAUCUCGCGGUGUUGAUAUGCAAUGCUCUGCUGAUGCUGAUUGCUUCAUUGUGUCCUAUUUUUGCCUGGGGCGUGCUAUCCAUCAACUGGCAGACCCUGGGUCUUCAACCCUGGAGGGUCCUGACCUCAGUGUACGCUACUCCUCUCAUCCUCGCUGCAGCGUGGUUGACACAGGCCAAGGAGAGCCCCAAGUUCCUGAUGACCAAGGGCAAACCGGGCGAAGCUUUGGAAGUGCUAAGGCAUAUCUUUUCUUUCAAUAGCAGAUGCGAGAAGAAUACCUAUUGUGUUACAUCACUGCAGAGUGAAGAAGACAAAUCAGUGGACAGUGAGUGUGCAGCGAGUGGUGGCAGUCAGACAACGUGGGCGUUGCUGCGACCACCGCAUUUGAAGUGGCUCAUAUUGGCUGGCUUCUUGAUGUUCGGCUUGUUUUCCUUAUUGAACGGGCUAUUCUUGUUCGCUCCCAACACGAUAAACAAGGUGAUGACUCAGUCAAACCAACCUGCCACGAUUUGUAUGUUGAUGAACCAACCUGAAAACCAAACCGCUGACGCAACCUGUUCGGACAGCAUCUCCUACGACACGUUCCAGAUCACCGCGGUGACGUCAGUGGUCUACGGCGUGCUGGUGCUGCUGCUCAGCCUCAGCCCGCUCAGCAAGAAGGCUUUGCUGGUCGGCAUGUACGCUGCCGUCGGCGCCAACUGCCUCGUGUCCGCUCUCACGAGCAACAGGAUCAUCGCCGGGAUAUCGAUGUCAGCUCUUCAGAUAACUGCGCUUGGCAUUGGUCCUCUCUGCGCCUACACCGUGCAACUCUUCCCUACUAGUUUAAGAGGCACGGCAGUUGGCGCCGUGCUGAUGUUUGGACGCCUGGGUUCGGUGACGGGCGCCAACGCUGCUGGCAUCUUCUUGGCUGGAGCCUGCACUGCCACGUUCUACGGAUUCGCGGCGCUUCUGUUCUUGUGCGCAGGCCUGAGCUUUCUACUACCGCGAGACCAGCCGGCGAGCAAAGUUGGAUGAUGAACUACUUUUAUAUGCUACUUUUUAAUACUCUGACUGAAACUAAUAGUAAAUCAUGUGAAUAUUAGCUUUAUUUUAUACACAAUGCAUUUAUUUGUAUUUAAGAAAAGUUUGUUGUAAUGCCCGCUCUACACUCGCGCGCAAAUCGCGGCCCGAAGGUCCGGGAACGCUCCGUGAACGGCGCGAAUCAACGACCUCACUUAUUAUUUUGCUCCGUCCACGCAAUUUUCCCAACUUACUUCCUUUCGGCAGUAGACAUAAUUUUUUUUAUAUUUCAGCUCUUAUACUUUGAUUUUACUGCCUAAUGAGUAUUCUUUUCAUUAA